AUGCAAGUCAACGAGCGUAAAUGCGUGGUAAUAUCUUUUAGUAAAUCCCAAGCUGACAUCCAAUAUCCCUACACUAUCAAUGAAAUUGCUCUUAAUUAUGUCUCAUCUUGUAGGGACCUUGGAGUUAUCUUUGAUAAUCAUCUAUCGUUUACCAAUCAUUACGCUGCUAUAGCUGCAUCAGCUCUCAAGACCUUGAGAUUUGUAAUUAGAAUGACAAAAAAUUUUAAAAAUCUAGUAGCAAUUAAGGCCCUAUAUUCAGCCCUCGUUCGACCUAAGUUAGAGUAUGCGUCGGUUAUCUGGUCACCGACCUAUAAAAAGCAUAUACAGAGCCUCGAAAUAAUACAACGUAAAUUCAUUAAAUAUCUUGUCUACAAGAAAACUGGUGACUAUCCGGUUCGUGGAACCGAUUAUCUCGAUUUAUGUAGGAGCACUAAUAUGCUGACUCUCGAAGAGAGAAGAAAAUGUGCGGCGGUAUUAUUUGUUAUGGGUGUUUGUAGGAGUCUUAUUCACAGCCCAAAUUUCCUCUCCUUGCUCCCUAUUAAACUCCCAUCGCGUAACCUCAGAUCCUCGAAUCUCUUCCAUCUUCCUCUAGUGAGAUCGACUUUGGCACAGGCAUCUCCAUUGUAUAGACUCUCAGCAAUUUGUAAUUUCGUCGUUGCCAAUAAUAAUGAUGAGGAUCUUGAACUUGAUCUUUUCGGAUACAAUCAACCGCUCACUCCUAGUACUCUUACGUCAAUAAUUCUGAAAUUGCGGGAUACCGAUACUUAA